UCUGAAAUCAUCCCCAUUUUAUACAAGUUGAAAUCAAGAACCUGUUUAUGGUCCGGACCCGUUUCUCAGGCCCUAGUUCUUGUUCGGGUUUGGGAUCCACCAGAUCGGGUGGAGCUUUUGAAGCGUACUCUGUUUACGAAUUCUCCUACGCCUUCAUCCUCCUCCGAUCGCCGCCGCCUCCACUCCGCUCACUUCUCCCUUUCCCACUUUGCUCCGGCAGCGAUACUCACAGGAAUCAUCACUUUCAUCCUCAAAAGACUCAUUGAAGAUUCUUAGGAAAGGUUGUCAUCAACAAUGAGACUCCGAUAUGCCAUGGUAUGCUCUUCAAAUCAGAAUCGAAGCAUGGAGGCUCACUUCAUACUCAAAAGGGAAGGCUUUGAUGUUUCUUCAUAUGGAACAGGCACUCACGUCAAACUCCCAGGCCCUUCUUUACGAGAACCAAAUGUCUAUGAAUUUGGCACCCCUUACAAACAGAUGUAUGAAGAACUCAGACGCAAAGACCCUGAACUCUAUAAGCGUAAUGGCAUACUCCCAAUGCUGAAGAGGAACUUGGGAGUGAAAACUGCACCUCAGAGGUGGCAAGAAAACAUAGCAGAUGGACAAUUUGAUGUUGUAUUCACAUUUGAGGAAAAAGUUUUUGAUAUGGUUGCUGAAGAUCUUCAUACUCGUGAUCAUAUUCUUCUGAAACCUGUUUUGGUGAUAAACUUGGAAGUAAAAGAUAAUCAUGAAGAGGCUUCAAUUGGUGCUAGGCAAACUUUAACAUUGUGUCAAGAGCUUGAAGCGACUGAUCGUUGGGAAGAUGUGAUUGAUGAUGUUAUAUCUACAUUUGAGCAAAGACACCGAAGAAAAGUUGUAUACACAAUCUCAUUCUAUUGACUUAAUGUAAUGGAUUGAUUCUAGUUAUAGAGCUUUAUGGUGAGAUAUAUAGUUGACUAGUGUUCAUAUGCUACUACUACUUCAAUGUCUAUGUAGCCAAAUUUGAUGUAAUUCUUUUGGGAUUUUAAAAAAUUUAGACUUGGGGUAA